CAAAUACCAUGAAUAUUUGCCAGAGCUCUUUCGAUCAGCCAGACUGUUCGAAACACCGGCCGCUUGAAAAGAAUCCCGUGACAUCCUGCUGAAAGAACCCGAACUACUUGCUUUUCUCCUUUUGCUUGGCCUGGCUUUGGCUUUUGUCUUCACUUCAACAACGAGCCAUUCCAGGGCGUCUAUACUCUUUUAUGAAUUUUUUGAAUCUUGUGUUGUACUUCAUUUCCACACUCUGGUUUGUCCAAGUACUUCGAAGUGCGCCAAGCCGCAGACACCACGUGCCACGUUAUUUUGUUGAAUUAAUUUGUUAGCACGGGCUGGACCUCGACCGUGGUUGGCCCUAUUUUGAGGUAACGAUCAAGGUCCACUGAACUGAGCAAGGGGCGGACAACAGCUCCUGAUUUGCUGUGGAUUGACGCACGUCUAAAAGAGGUUACGCAAGAAUGAGCUACCCAAGCUAUCCCGGUGGUGCCGGCGGCUACCCAGCUCAGCCCGGCGGUGGCUAUCCGCCCGCUGGUACCGGUGGCUACCCAACUCAGCAGCCACAGCCUGGCUAUCCAUCACAGCCCGGCUACCCAGCACCAGGUGGUGGUGCUCCAGGUGGCUAUCCAGGUCAACCUGCCCCGUAUCCUUCGCAAUACACUAACCCUAAUCCCUGCUACCCUGGAGCUAACGUACCACCGUAUCCAUCUGCUCCACCUGCGGCCCAUGCCGCUCCGAUUGGAUUUGCAGGUGCUGCAGCUGCAGUAACUGCUUUCCGUGCACCACCGGCAGGAGGUUCAGCCCCGUACCCCGGUCAGCCGGCAGCAGGCGGAUACCCGCCAUCAGGUUCAGCGCCGUACCCUGGUGGCCCUGGCGGUGCACCAAUGCCCUCUGCUGGAGGUGCUCCGUAUCCGGGCGCUCCUCCUCCCGCCGCCGCCCCAUACCCUGGAGGUGCCCCACCACCACAUGGAGGGGCAGCACCAGCGCCCUACCCAUCUGGACCAGGUGGUCCACCAGCAGCCCAUGCCCCGUAUCCGGGCGCCGGACCCCCUGCGGGCAGUGCCCCGUAUCCGGGUGCACCCGCCCCAGCUUCCAGCCCAUACCCAUCUAGCGGUGGCCCGCCCCAGCCUGGAAGUGGCGGCGCACCGCCAUACGGUGCACCUGUAGCACAACCUGCAGCUGUUCCCUCAGCUCAGCCUCCCACUGCUGCCAUGGCUGGAAUGAGUGUAGGGCGUCCAGCUGCUCCUGCAGCUCAGCCUCAGGCUGGUCCCCGACGGCGGCCAUCUGUCAAGGCUGCAUCGAAUUUCAGCAAAGAAGAGGAUGCGCAGACUCUCCGCAAGGCAAUGAAGGGAUUUGGUUGCGAUGAGAAGGCUAUUAUCAUGACACUGAGCCGGCGGUCGGUGGCUCAGCGAGUUGAGAUUCGCAAUCACUUCAAAACCAUGUUUGGCAAGGACCUCAUGAAGGAGAUUGAGAGUGAGUUGCACGGUCACUUGGAGGCGGCUGUUCUGGCGUUGCUGCGCGAUCCCACCGAGUAUGACUGCUUCUCUCUCUACUAUGCUAUGAAGGGCGCCGGUACGAAUGAGGGUGUGCUCAUUGAAAUCCUUUGCUCAAGAAGUAACGCACAAAAGGAAGCAAUAAAGGCCCAGUACAAAAAGAUGUAUUCCAAGGACUUGGAGAAGGCAAUCAAGUCGGAAACUUCUGGCCAUUUCGAACGCUUACUUGUAUCGUUGUUAUCGGCUACACGCGACGAAAGUGGAACAACCGAUCUGGCAAAGGCCAAGGCCGACGCACAGACUCUGUACAAGGCUGGUGAAGCGCGAUGGGGAACGGACGAGUCAACCUUCAACUAUAUCUUUGCCAGUCGCAGCUUUGCUCAGCUGAGAUUGGUCUUUGAGGAGUACAGCAAGGUGUGCAAGUAUGACAUAGAGAAGUCCAUUCAGCGGGAGAUGUCCGGUGACCUAAAGGAUGGCAUGAUGGCUAUAGUGCAAAUUGUCCGAGACACACCUGGCUUCUUCGCCCAACGUCUGUACAAGUCCAUGAAGGGUCUGGGAACGGAUGAUACGACGUUGGUACGCGUGAUUGUGACACGCUGCGAGGUGGACAUGGAGGACAUCAAGGUGCGCUUCCAACAAGAGUACAAGAAGUCACUGCGCAGCUUCAUCGAGGGUGACACAAGCGGUAACUACCGCCGUAUUCUGCUAACACUGAUAAACGAUGGAGGCUAUUAAAUUACCUACCACAGUGUGUAGUCUCCUGGCCAACCCUGUUGCUACCUUGCUGGUUAAGAAUCUUCUCUGCCCUCGCUAUGCCUGUGUGUGUGCUUGCAUGUUUGUUUGUGGCCGAGUGUUGAUUGCUUGUAAGUGUGUGUGUGUUUGUGUGUGUUUGUGUGUGUUGUGCAUCACGCUCUGUGUCAUGCUUGCAUGCUCUCUGCACAUUCGUGUGCUGCCGCUACCUGUGUCUGUUGUGCUGCAAAUAGUGUCUUGACUGGCACUGUUGUUGUAGCCAGCCUCUGCUCCCUGCCUGGGUUGUUCGAUACUUUACCCUGAUUUUUACACUCUGCAUGCUAUGUUUUAUUUGUUGUAGGGGUAUGAGCUGCACGUGAUUGCAUACGUGAUCAAUUGAAAGCUUUUACUAGUAUUUCUCAGUUAUUUUGCCUGCCACAGGCUGGGUUUAUGCAGUGCGUGGACAGAGGAAUGCGUGGAAUAGAAAGAGAAUCCACUGAACCUUUGUUCUACACCUGCAAUAUUAUUACUUCGAGUAUAGUUUCACUUCACAGUAUUUUCCCAUCUGUCUUACCUGCAAUGAGAUGCAAGGUUAA